AUGGGAGGUCAUUCCGCUUGGAGAAAACGAGUCGAAAAUGGUGAACUGGCCAUCAAAUCGGGUGGUGCCAUUGCACGGCAUCGACCACGAUGGGGACGAAAGGGAGAAGAUCUCAAGCUGAAUCGAAAAGGAAACAUUGCAGGUGGGAAUCCCAAAAAGAUGAUGAAGAAGAAGAAGAAGAAAAAGAAUUAUGGCAAACACAUCGACCAUCAAGAAGAAAUUGAAAAGGAAUUACCAGAGACUAGCCCAAUGAGGAUUCUAAUCAUUGCUGGUGUCACCAUUGUCUCCCUAUCAUUUUUCGCAAUGUUAAGGUAUUUGUUCCAGCUCUUAUGGUUACCAUAA